AAACGUUUAUUCCCAAAGCCGCACAAGUGCACGGCGACCCUGCGUCACCCUCACCCGGCCGUCUUCCGUGUUCCCCUCUUCCCCGCCGUCGCCGGCUCGCCCCUGCGGCGCAAGGCGGUGACCCUACAGAACGAUCGGAGCUGCGCCGCUCCGCGCCCCUCCUCCCUGCCAAGCGACAAGAAUACCUAGAGGCGGAGGUCUCCUCUGACAUCGCCCGUCAUGUUGCGCCGGGGCGUGCGGGAUCUGUACUCUCUGCGGUCCCUCACGAGGAUCCCCAGGCCGAUCUCCAGCGAGGUCCAAAGCCCACUACUAAAUUCCAGAAGGAAGUCGACAAAGGUAUCUCAAAAGAGUUCGACACAGAAUUCUGUUCCUGGCCCUCAAGAAGAACCUUCUCAGUCUGGAAGCAAGGUUUCAAAGCUUCUGCUUGGGACUCUGGUGGUUGGUGCUGCUGCUAUGGCUGCUUACCAAGCCGGCUACAUAGACCUUCAGUUUAAGGAUACAAAAUUUCCUUCAGCCGUCAGGGAGCAAAAUUUCACAAAGAUAUAUGAAAAUCUGAAGUCUUCUUCUGAACAAAAGGUUGAUCAGAAACGAACCAUGCCGGAUCCAAACACUGGCAUUGUUCAGGAUAGCGGCAGUAAGGUUCAUACACCUCAGGACCUUCCAACUGAAGGGAUAGGUGCGGCAGUGAUUCCAACUGUUGGUGAGCAACCUACUCCCGCUGAAGAAGAAAAGACAGAAACCCACGCCCAGGAGACACUACCAGUUCAAGAUGAGCAUGUAGCUGAUACUAAACUGCCGUCUCAAGACACUCCCACUGUUGACAUAAAGCAUAGCGUUGCUAAUGACAAGGCAUUACAUGAAGUUCCUCCUGGACAAGCUGACAAGAUUGGUAGCACAGUUUCUCCACUGCAGUCGAACUCAACAACAGAUCCAUCAGUUAUUGGUGGAGGUGAACAGAAAUCUCUUGCUGAGACAUAUUUACUACAGCAGGAACCUGACAUUACUAAAGAUGUGAUUGCUAAGGAGGCUAGAACUGAUGGCAUUGUUGGUGGUGGAAAAGACACUGAUGAUGGGAAAAUUAUGCUCGAUAUCAUAGAUGCUAUUCAUGCUGCUGAAAAAAAGCAGGCAGAUACUGAUGCUUACAUGUUUUCUGAAGAGAAGAGGAAGUUGAAGGACAAAUACGAAAAGGAACUAAAGGACACCAGGGCCCGGGAACUCAUGUAUGCUGAAGAGGCAGCAAUUCUGGAUAAGGAGCUGAAGAAAGAGAAAUUGAAGUCUGCUGCUGCGAUUAAAGAGCUUCAAGAAAAAGCUGAACAAACACUUCGGGAUGAGCUGCAGCUGAAGAACGAGGAAUCAAGUCAACAAGUUGAGAAGGUUCAAGAGUUGGCAAAGGCUGAACUGGCUGCAGCUCUUGCAAAAGAGAAAGCAUCCCAGAUCGAACAGAUUGCUGAAGCAAAUCUCAAUAUAGAUGCUUUGUGCAUGGCAUUCUAUGCGCGAUCUGAAGAAGCUCGGCAGAGUCAUUCAGUCCAUAAGCUUGCUCUAGGCACUCUUGCUUUGGAAGAAGCUCUAUCCAGCGGAUCACCGAUCCGGACAGAGGUGGAUCUAUUGCGUAAAUCUAUUGAAGGCAUUGACAAAGAUUCACUGCUAGAAUUGGCUCUUUCAUCGCUUCCAGAAGAUGUUCUCGAGUAUGGAUCAGAUACCCGGAUGGAGUUGAAACAAAAGUUCAAUUCCUUGAAGGAAACAAUCAGACAUUUUAGCCUUAUACCAUCAGGUGGUGGUGGUAUGCUGACACACGCUGUUGCUCGUGUUGCUUCUUCCAUCAAGAUCAAAGAGGACCAUUCUGGAGACGGUAUCGAGUCUCUUAUAAGCAGAGUGGAAGAUUUGAUUGUAGAUGGAGACUUAAGUGCAGCAGUUGAUGCCCUGACAGGAGGGUUGCAAGGGAGUGAAGCGGAGGAAAUAGCCACCGAGUGGGUGAAGCAGGCGAGGAAACGUGCCAUAGCUGAGCAGACGCUUACUCUGCUGCACUCUUACGCUUCAUCGAUUACAUUUUCAUGAUCCACCAUUUUGUUUUCCUCUUAUUCGGCCAGAUUUACAUGCCAGUUGCUGACUUACGAUACUCGCAUGUUUCUCUAUACCAUGUUGCAAAUGCAUGAUCCUAUAACCCCUUUGUAAACAGAGGUAAUAAAUUUUGCCGUGUAGCUACUUGGUACUCUUCUCCACUGUCAGAGAGCCUACGUUUGGAUACAUCUGGUCCUCUUUGCUGAGAAUGUAAUCUUCUAUCUGCAACAAUACUACUAUGUGGAUUUUGACCAUGUGCUCGGUUUGCUCAAGUUUGAACUUGUAA